CAUCGCACCUCUCCUCCCAAAUUCCCAAUCAGUUAUACUACACGCCUGCCUCCCUCCCUCCGUCUUCCUGGACCCAAGGCCAGAUCAGAUCAGCUCAGGCCGCCUCCGCUUCCCGACCCCAGUUCCAAUUUCGAUUCCCACCCCCACCCCCGCCCCUCGGGACCGAGGAGGAGGAGGAGGAGGAGGAGGAUGGCGAUCGUGUACGCGCUCGUGGCGCGGGGCACGGUCGUGCUGGCCGAGUUCGCCGCCGUCUCGGGCAACGCCGGCGCCGUCGCCCGCCGCAUCCUCGAGAAGCUCCCCUCCGAGGCCGAGGCGCGCCUCUGCUUCGCGCAGGACCGCUACAUCUUCCACGUCCUCCGCUCCCCCGCCGACGGCCUCACCUUCCUCUGCAUGGCCAACGACACCUUCGGACGGAGAGUUCCCUUCAUUUAUCUCGAGGACAUCCAGAUGAGGUUCAUGAAGAACUAUGGCAGGGUCGCCCAUUCUGCGCUGGCCUAUGCCAUGAACGACGAGUUCGCCAGGGUGUUGCACCAGCAAAUGGAGUUCUUCUCCAGUAACCCCAGUGCCGACACGCUCAACCGCCUCCGGGGUGAAGUCAGUGAGAUACACACCGUCAUGGUUGACAACAUAGAGAAGAUUCUGGACAGAGGCGACCGCAUCUCGCUUCUUGUAGACAAGACCUCCACAAUGCAGGACAGCGGUUUUCACUUCCGCAAGCAAUCCAAGAGGCUUCGGAGAGCUCUCUGGAUGAAGAAUGUCAAGCUUCUAGCGGUGUUGACGGGGGUCAUUGUGCUGCUACUUUACCUGAUCAUUGCUGCUUUCUGCGGAGGCCUAUCCCUUCCAUCGUGCAGAUCAUAGAACACUAGCUCUACACCUCCAUACAUGAUGUUCCAAGUUCGGCUCAGCUUCCAGAGCUAAAACCUUAUGUUUUGGUCAACAGAUUCGCAGUUGAGUUCUCGGUAGAUUGUUUUUGCUCAUACAAGUCGAUAUGAAAUGUUUGUACAAAAACCGGGUCCGUGUGUACAGUAUGAAAUGUCGUUUGUGCUUCCUUUGGGUAUGUUGUGGCACUAGUUAGAGUUGCUCGGUGCACUGGUUCGUCGAAAUUAUUACUGAUGUAUAGUACCUCCCUUUCUGGAAAAGAUGUGAACACUGAACA